AUGGUAAACACUGGAGGAUAUAAAGCUGAUAAUGGCUUUAGAUCCAGGUAUUUAUCUCAUCUUGAAGCAAAGUUGAAAGAAUCGCUUCCUGAAUCGAGCAUUUUGGGUAAACCUCACAUUGAAUCAAGAAUAAAAACAAUGAAAAAAGAUUGGCAAGUUGUCUUUGAUAUGUUGAAUAGUACAAGCGGAUUUGGUUAUGAUAAGGAAAACAAUUGCGUGACCACAACAUCUCCAGGAGUAUGGGAUGCUUACCUCGAGAGUCAUAAAGGGGCAGCAAAAUGGCAAAAUAAAAAGCUUCCACACUAUGAAGAAUUAUGUGUAGUUUUUGGAAAAGAUCGAGCUCAAGGGAAUAGAGCCAAGGUUGUUACCGAUAUGGAAGAGGAAGUGAAUAUAGAAGAACAGCAGGAUGACUCACACGAUAGUUUUGAUGAAGCUAUGGAAGGCAGCCACACGGCACGUACCACUACAAGUGUUCAAGUUGAAGAAGUUUCAAGUGUCCCUAGUAAGAAAAGAAAGAGCACAUCUCAAACAAGUUCUAUGGUUGAAAGUUUCAAUGAUGCGGUAAAGUUUUUUGGUGAACGCCUCAAAGAAUCGUCGGCUGAAUUGAGUGAAGGUAUGAAACUUGAUGUUGAACUAAGUAAGAAAACCGCUAUGCUACCUUCGACGCUUGAAAAAAUGACAUCUUUGUCUCAGUUGGAAAGAUUUAAGGCUAUUCGAAAAAUGAAAAGUGAUCCUGAUAGUGUGCUUACAUUUUGGGAUUUAAAAGAAGAAGAAAGGGAGGAUUGGGUGCAUUUUGUGAUGUCUGAAAAUUAA